UGUUGCCAUUCAUUCCGCUGAGCACUAAAAAAAGGCAGUUGCUUCCCUUACCAAAGAAAAAAAAAAAGGGCUGUUGCUUUCUCUCUUGAAGAUAUAAACCCCCACUGCCUCUAACCCUCCUCUUGGGGGUCUUACCCUUUUACCCCAGACCUGAGACUUCCAGAAUCCCAACACGCACGCUCUCUAUCAUUUCUCUGGCUCCAAGUUAGUUUCUCUGGAUAUGAUCAAAUUAUUAUCUCCUCUGGAGCUUAAUCCCCAACCUCCGAGUGCCUCUGAGCUCCAUGGCUUCUUCUACUGCUUCGCAGGCGCAGGGGAUCCACAGGCAUGACGUCCAGGCCGCGAUGGCCAAGGCCGUCGAGCUCAGGGCCCUUCAUGCGGCGCUGCUCCAGGGGAGCGGUGGCAGCCCUGCCGUCCCGAGGCUCCAGCCCGGCGCUUCCCCUUCUCUUUCCAGGGGUCCUGACCAAUGCUCCGCCGACGAUUACCCCGUCUUCACGCCGAGUUAUGAAGCAGAAACCUUUCCUGGGUAUCACUAUAUUUGUCCAGAGAACCGAAGCUUAUCAGAAAUCUGGAGUGGAAUUGUGCUGGAAGGAGAAGGAAAAGAUGAUGAAGCAAUUUCCUCUGAUAAUAAAAGUGUAAAUAAAUUUUCUUCCUCAAAUAGUGAACAACAUAUUAGCUCUUCAAAUAACUAUUUCUCCAACAGAAGCCCAUAUAUAAACCACAUGUCCCUUCUGCAAAUUGCUUCUGGAGCUGAUAAAUCUUCAAGUAGGAGAACCAGUUCAGAAGAGUUCAAAACCGCCACAACAUCCAAUACGUGUAAGCCUGCAACUAUCAACAUGGAAUCUGAAAAUGAUCAAAAGAACCAUAAGAAUGUUACCAGCACAGCACCAGUGCCUGACACACAGCCAUCCAUACAGUUGCAUACAAAGCAGAGAGGACCAAUACUUUCAUGGUUGUUUCCCAAAUCUAAGAAGAAAACCAAGUUGGAGAUGUCCCCAAACAUGAUAGAAUCUGUGGACACAACCCACUAUUUAAAAGAUUGGGGGGUGUUUUCCCUUGAGUUAUUGAAGAAAGAGCUGCUCGAGGCCAAUGAGAGAAGGGAUGCUGCAUUGGCAGAAGUUGCAGAGAUGAAAUCCUCAUUAGGAGAACUAGUACAGAAGCUAGCAAGCUUAGAAACAUACUGUGAAGAGCUGAAGAAGGCUCUAAAACAGGCAGUACAAGCGAAGGACACUCAGGUUCUGGAUAGGCCAAAUUUGUCAAAGAGAACAAAAUCCAUCAGUAGCAGCAGAGACAAUUUAAUUCCUGUCAGUCAUGAAGUAAUGGUAGAAGGUUUCUUACAGAUAGUAUCUGAAGCAAGGCUUUCUGUGAAACAACUCUGCAAGACACUUGUCCACCAGAUUGAAGAAACUGAUGGUGAUCUAAUGGAGAAGCUAAACUUGCUCCUCCAACCUCAUCAUAUGACAUUAAGCAACAAAUACUCGAAAGGAGUACUGUAUCAUUUGGAAGCUCUUAUAAACCAGUCUCUAUAUGAGGACUUUGAGAACUGUGUGUUCCAGAAGAAUGGAUCACCAAAAUAUCUGGACCCUCAGCAAGAUAGCCAGGAGAACUUCUCAGCUUUUGUUGCUCUACGGAACUUGAGCUGGAAUGAGGUCUUGCAGAAGGGAACUAAGUGCUACAGUGAAGAAUUCAGCAAGUUCUGUGAUCAAAAAAUGAGUGGCGUUAUUUCUAUACUGAAUUGGUUGAGGCCAUGGCCUGAACCGCUGCUUCAGUCAUUCUUUGUUGCUGCCAAGUGCAUUUGGUUGCUUCAUCUGCUGGCUUUCUCCUUCAGCCCACCCCUGGUGAUCUUGCGGGUUGAGGAGAACAGAAGUUUUGAUCCCCUUUAUAUGGAGGAUAUCCUUUUUGAUCGGCACAGAGCACAAGCUCCAGCUCAAGUCAAAAUCAUGGUAAUGCCAGGAUUCUAUGUUCAUGAUAGGGUUCUCAGAUGCAGAGUUCUGUGCAGGUACAAAUCUGUAGCAUAACAAUUCAUUGUGAUGCCUUUUUAAAGUAAAUUUAGGCUUUUAACAGAUUCUCAUAUCUGAAUCAGCCUCUCUUCUCAGUGAGGGAAAGUUUGUAAUUUCCAUUUGACUAAUGUUAAAGAGCAUUUUGUGUACCAGUUACAAUGAAUAUGAACCAGAUAAUGUCUAGUAGGAUUUUGUUGCUUGACUGACCCUACUAAAAUUUGGGUCAAAGUGUCAAUGGUUUAGCUGAUGAUCAAAUUGAGCAACUGAAAGUACCUGGUGGAUGAGC